GACUGAGCAUCUGGGCACAGUACCUAUAUUCCCUUUACCUCUAGGCCAGCAUAUCUUAUUGAGAAGGUAUGAUGGGGGAAGGGGACUCUGAAAGAAAGGUCAGAGCAGGUCCUUGGUCCACAGUCCAGUGUGUGCUCUUUCAGCUCUGGGUCCCACAUUACACUUGGACUUCAGAGUGAAGUCUUCUUCCCUUCCUAGAAAGGUUGGGGCCUUUGUACUAUUGAUCUCCCCAGGGGCCAUGACAGGUUGGGUUCUGUGGAUAAAGAGGGCAGCAUGCAUAAAUGGAGUACUGGCAUGCAGUAAGGGCUCAAGAGUAGAUUGAGUCCUUCUCUGGUCCCAUACGCCAUUCAUGUUAGGGGGUUAACAGAGGGUGAGGGAGGCUUGCAGAAAAGGCUUCCCUCUGCCUUGACUGCAAGGAAGGGAAGAAACCAAAGAUUCUGAGAAGGACAGAAAGGGGUUCUACCAACCGGAAGCCCACUUUUCUCCUUUCCAGCCCUCAGUGAUUUCUUGUCUCACGAAGAUUUGUUCUAGAUGGUGGCUGAGGAUCCCCCGUCCACUUCUGACACACUGUGCCUGCCCAGGACAUGCAUUGGGGAACCUAGAGUAUAGCUGUGGACCUCAGGGGAGGGCCUGGAGUGGCUGUGAAGAGGUGUGAGAAGCAGGCCUUAGGGAGGGGAUGUGGGAGAAGGGGAAGGUGCUAGGGGCGGAGGAGGGAGAGCAGAGGGAGCACAAGGUGCUCUCCCAACCCCCUACCUUGCCUCUGCCUGGAGUGCCCACUCCAAUCCUGCCUGGGGGCAGAGAAGCCCAGAGCCCACCACCUCCCCCUCCCUCUCCCCCCUGCCUUCCGUGAGAGCCGCAACCUGAAUUAUGGAUGAAGCUCCUUGGGUUACAGCUGCUUUGCGCGCGGCAGCGAGGGCCAGAAAUGGCAUCAGAGUCACUGUUACGCAGCAGCUGCCAUGGAGUGCCCCCCACCUCUAGGGUCCCUCCUCAAAGGGCCUGCAGGGAAUACCACUGACACGGAGGGAAGUGAAUCCCGCUGAGAGAAAGGUCCUGCCUCAGCCUGCCUACUGCUGACACUCCUGGCCCUUCCUUCCGUGACCCCCAGCUGUCCUAUGCUCUGCACCUGCUACUCCUCCCCGCCCACCGUGAGCUGCCAGGCCAACAACUUCUCCUCAGUGCCGCUGUCCUUGCCACCCAGUACACAGAGACUCUUCUUGCAGAACAACCUCAUCCGCUCACUGCGGCCAGGCACCUUUGGGCCCAACCUGCUCACCCUGUGGCUCUUCUCCAACAACCUCUCCACCAUCCACCCUGGCACCUUCCGCCACCUGCAGGCCCUAGAAGAACUGGACCUCGGUGACAACCGGCACCUGCGCUCCCUGGAGCCCGACACCUUCCAGGGUCUGGAGAGGCUGCAGUCACUACACCUGUAUCGUUGCCAGCUCAGCAGCCUGCCUGGCAACAUUUUCCGAGGCUUGGUCAGCCUACAGUACCUCUACCUCCAGGAGAACAGCCUGCUCCAUCUACAGGAUGACUUGUUCGCGGACCUGGCCAACCUGAGCCACCUCUUCCUCCACGGGAACCGCCUGCGGCUGCUCACGGAGCACGUGUUCCGCGGCUUGGGCAGCCUGGACCGGCUGUUGCUGCACGGGAACCGGCUGCAGGGCGUGCACCGCGCGGCUUUCCACGGCCUCAGCCGCCUCACCAUCCUCUACCUGUUCAACAACAGCCUGGCCUCGCUGCCGGGAGAGGCGCUGGCCGACCUGCCGGCGCUCGAGUUCCUGCGGCUCAACGCCAACCCCUGGGCGUGCGACUGCCGCGCUCGGCCGCUCUGGGCUUGGUUCCAGCGCGCGCGGGUGUCCAGCUCCGACGUGACCUGCGCCACCCCGCCCGAGCGCCAGGGCCGGGACCUGCGCGCGCUGCGCGACUCCGAUUUCCAAGCGUGCCCGCCGCCCACGCCCACGCGGCCGGGCAGCCGCGCCCGCGGCAACAGCUCUUCCAACCACCUGUACGGCGUGGCCGAGGCUGGCGCUCCCCCCGCAGACCCGUCCACGCUCUACCGAGAUCUGCCCGCCGAGGACUCGCGGGGGCGCCAGGGCGGGGACGCGCCCACCGAGGACGACUACUGGGGGGGCUACGGCGGCGAGGAUCAGCGGGGCGAGCAGACGUGUCCCGGGGCCGCGUGCCAGGCGCCCGCAGACUCGCGUGGCCCCGCGCUCUCGGCCGGGCUGCGCACCCCUCUGCUCUGCCUCUUGCCCCUGGCGCUCCAUCACCUCUGACUGCGGUGCUUAGACGGAAGAGGCCACGCCUUGGCCCCGCUCCCCUUCUCUGCCCCAAGGAGCCUCAGCUCCAUCUUCGCCUCUUGUUUGCGACCCGGCCUGGUACCUUUCCUAGGCCUCCUCGCUCUUUUUCUUCCCCUGGACCAGGCUGCCUCAUUUGCCUUCUGGGCUGUUGUGACUUAAGUAUGGCAGCCCUUAAGACGGUGUGUAAGGUGGUUUGGCUCCGUUCGCCCUGAUUCUAGCCAUUAACUCUUCCUCCCCCAUCCCAAGGCUGGGACUUGGCACCCCGGGCAGCCGUUGCUCCUCUCUCCAAGGGCCCCACAGUGGACUCGAAGGGGCUUUUGUCUGCAGAGCACCUUCCACCAGCAGAGCCUUUGAAAGCUCCCGCUGGGAGCCUCUCCUCCUUCCCUUGAUCAGAGGGAUGUCUCAGCAAGGCCCAGGCGGCCCCUGGACCCUGCUUGUCCUGAUCCCUUCAGCCUCCUGCCUCCUGACACGGGAGGAAUACUUUUCUCCUAAGUCUACCCAGGACACUUUUUAGGGUGCCUGGACAGAGUUUCCUCUCCACCAUGGCCCCUGUGUGGUGAAGAUCAAAAGAAAUUGUUUGGGGGAAAAUUUAUUAAAAAAUUCUAUUAUUUUA